ACUCGUUGCUGGUAUCGAUAGCAAAAACGAUUGUAAGCAUAUUUGUUUGAAAACAGUUUUGGCAACAGGUUAAAGUUAAAAUUAAAAUAAGAAAAUGCCUGUGGUGGAGACAAAAGACCUGGUGCUGCUGCAAGCGAAACAACAAAAGGUGCGCAAUAUAUGUAUAUUGGCGCACGUGGAUCAUGGCAAGACGACGCUGGCGGAUUCCCUCGUGGCCAGCAAUGGAAUUAUUUCACAACGCAUGGCAGGAAAGCUGCGUUAUUUGGAUAGCCGCCAAGAUGAACAGGAGCGCGGCAUCACCAUGAAGAGCAGCAGCAUCUCACUUUAUUAUCAGGACAACAGAAAUGCGGACUAUCUGAUAAAUCUGAUUGAUUCACCUGGUCAUGUGGACUUCUCCAGUGAAGUGUCCACUGCAGUGCGACUGUGUGAUGGCGCCAUUGUCGUCGUGGACGUGGUGGAGGGAGUGGGACCCCAGACACGUGCCUGUCUCAAGCAAAUCUACGAGGAACAGUUGAAACCUGUGUUGCUGCUCAAUAAGCUGGAUCGUUUGAUACUGGAGAAGCAAUUGACGCCACUGGAUGCUUACUUUCAUUUGACACAAGUGCUGGAGCAAGUGAACGCUGUGCUGGGCAGCAUAUUUGCCUCCGAUGUGCUGGCCAAGGAGGAUAUCAAUGACAAGGAUAACUAUGAAUCUGCACUGGAGCAAGUGGAUGACUCGGAGCUAUAUUUCUCGCCUGCUGCAGGCAAUGUGGUCUUUUGCUCCGCCUACGAUGGCUGGGCUUUUUCUGUGGGAGAUUUUGCUGCCACCUAUGCGGAGCGUUUGGAAAUGAAGAGAUCCGAGUUGGAGCAAGUGCUCUGGGGAGAUUUCUAUUACAACAGCAAGAAGAAAAGUGCUAUGGCUGGUGCACAGGAGAAGGCCAAGAAGCCCAUGUUUGUGCAGUUUGUGCUGGAGAACAUUUGGAGUCUCUACGACAUCAUUGUCGUGAGAAAGGACAAGGAUAAGCUGCCACUCAUAGCUGAGAAACUGGGACUCAAGCUGGCGGCACGAGAUCUACGUGUCACAGAUGCCAAGCUGCAAAUUAAAACUGUCUUCAGUCAGUGGUUGCCCAUUGAUCGCAGCGUGCUGGAGAUGGUGGUGCGUCAUGUGCCACCACCGAACCACAUCAGCGAGGAGCGUGCUCAGAGAUUGCUGUAUCCCGCCAAUGUGGAGCUGAAAUCCCUGCCAGCAGCAACGUUGGCAUUGAAGGAGAGCUUCAAGAAUUGUAAUGCACAAAGUGAGAAUGUCAUAGCCUUUGUGUCCAAGAUGUCACCUGUACAUGUCACACAAUUACCACAGAAUCGUCCCAAGCGUUUGACGGAUCAGGAGCUGCAGCAGCGUCGCGAUGAAGUGCGUCGACGCAUUGAGGAGCGCAAGCAGCAAAGUGAGGAGACAACGCUGGACAAGCUGCUGGAGGGAGUGGAGCAGCUAAGCACCAAGUCAGCUGAAGGAGAGGAGGAAUCCACUCUUGCACCCAUUCCUGAGCUGGAGCGCAAUGAAUACGAGUUCAUUGCCUUUGCCCGAGUCUUUAGCGGCACCUUGCGACGCGGCAUGCAACUGUAUAAUCUGACGCCCAAGCAUGAUCCUCGCCAGCCCCAGCAUCGCGAACUGGAGACGGCGCCACAUGCCACUCGGGUGACAGUGGGAGAACUCUACAUGUUCAUGGGUGGCGAACUGCAGCUGUUGGAUGAGGUGCCAGCUGGCAAUAUUGUGGGCAUUGGCGGUUUGGAGACGCACAUUGUCAAGACGGCGACACUGAGCAGCAGCUUGGACUGCACCUCGUUCAGUGAGCUGAGCAUCAUGGCCACGCCUAUACUGAGAGUGGCCAUUGAGCCAGUGCAGCCACAGGAUAUGCCCAAGCUGGUGAAGGGACUCAAGUUGCUCAACCAAGCGGAUGCAUGUGUCCAGGUAUCGGUGGCUCCCACGGGAGAGCAUGUAAUCACCACACUUGGUGAGGUGCAUGUGGAGAAGUGUGUUCAUGACCUGGAGCAGAGCUAUGCCAAGAUCAAGGUGAAUGUGUCCAAGCCAAUAGUGUCCUUUAGGGAGACCAUUGUCCCCGAUGCGACAGUUGAUAUGGUCAACGAGGCGAUUGUCAAAACAGCCGACGACAAGGAUGUCACCAAGAAGAUUGCCGUCCAGCAGACACUCAAUAAGCUGGGAACACUGCGGGUCAUUGCGUUGCCUUUGCCACAGGCAGCUGUGGAGCUGCUCGAGCAGCAUUCCAACGUCUUUAAGGAGUUGUCUGCCACACCUCGUAACACGCUGCUCUCAGAGAAGUUCACCGCGUUGUUGGCUUCCAUCAAGAGUCAACUGAUUGUGACGCUCGCCGAGCUGCAGUUCCAUGGCCUGAGUAACCUCACACCUGAGGAGCUCGUGGAACGCAUUUGGGCGCUGGGACCACGUAAUUGCGGCACGAAUAUUUUACUCAAUCUCAGCGACUAUGAACAGCCGGAUUUCUGGUCUACACACUCAAAGAGCUCCGAUACGGAUGUGCGUAAUGUGAACGAUCCACGACGGGAUUUCAAUAGCUCUCUGGUCAAUGGCUUUCAGUUGACAACUGGCGCUGGUCCACUUUGUGAGGAGCCGAUGCAGGGUGUCUGCUUUGCUGUCCUCGAGUGGUCAGUGCAGUCCGAGGGCGAGGAUUUGAAUGCUCGCGGCUUUGGACCCUUUUCAGGUCAGGUAUUAACUGCCGCAAAGGAGGUUUGUCGUCAGGCUUUUCAGAAUCAGCCACAGCGUCUGGUUACGCCCAUGUAUAGCUGUAACAUCGUGGUCAACGCUGAAAUGUUGGGUAAAAUGUAUGCGGUAAUUGGAAGACGUCAUGGCAAAAUUCUGUCUGGUGACCUGACACAGGGCAGUGGCAACUUUGCCGUGACCUGUCUGUUGCCGGUCAUUGAAUCUUUCAACUUUGCGCAGGAGAUGCGCAAACAGACAUCUGGCCUCGCCUGUCCCCAGUUGAUGUUCAGUCAUUGGGAGGUGAUUGAUAUUGAUCCCUUCUGGCUGCCCACAACCGAGGAAGAACUCAUGCAUUUCGGCGAGAAGGCCGACUCCGCGAAUCGGGCCAAAGUCUACAUGGACAGUGUGCGACGUCGCAAGGGUCUCUUCGUGGAUGAGCAGGUGGUGGAGCAUGCCGAGAAACAGCGCACGCUCUCCAAGAACAAGUAGACAGUGGUGAGUUCAAAAAUGCUAUAGUAUAAAAACUAUGGCUGCGUUCAAAAGCA